UUUUACUCAUCAAUCAACAACAUCAACACUUGGUAUCACAAAAAAUUAGUCUGGGGGAUUGCUAUAAUCUUGGGCAUUCAAGGGGAUUCUUGCUAUGCAGAAAAAAACUUUGAGAUUCGCAACCAAAUUGGAAGAAGUGCUUCGCCGAUUGACUUCAGCUACAAUGGAGUAAUCAAGCUUAGCGGACUGCUCGGAGUUUCCCUGCCAGACUCAGUUGGAGAAGGCGUAAUCGUUGACUGCGCCCCCACCGACCCCACAAUUGAAUGCCGUGUUUACGGCGAUUUUGCGAAUGCCACGAUAACCACAAGCGUCGACAAUUGUGCCCGAGUGGAGUGGUCAUCAACUUACGCCAGACGUCUUGAAGACUGUUUCAACGUGGGGAGUGGCGACUACAUUUACGGGGGUUCUGAAACUCUUAACCAAUAUUGGCCUGUGAAUGCAGACAAAAAGAAUGAAAAUCCAUACAUCACCUCUGAUUUUUUGGGCGGAUAUGAAUUUGGAGACUUGCUGGAAAAUUACUGGCUUUUCUCCAAGGGAGCUGCAGUCCACGUUGACGAAGAAAAUCCACUUUUCGUCAGCUGGGAUACAAACCGACCGGGACAAAUUUGUUUCGUUUCAGCGGAUGCGUAUCCAUAUGAUAAACGCGAUGUGCUAACAUUAAAAUACACUGUUUGUACUGGUGAUAACGUGAAGACAGUGCAUCAGGCCAAUUUCAACAAAUUUUACCAAAAACCAACGGGGCUUCCAGAUCAAACUAUGCUGAUUCGUCCAUUAUGGUCUACGUGGGCUCAAUAUAAAACCGAUGUUAAUCAAUCAAUUGUACUAGAUUAUGCAAAUCAAGUUAUGAGUCGAGGCUUUGAGCUGAGCAGUCACAUAGAGAUCGACGACAAAUGGGAACCGUGUUAUGGCCAGGAAGAAUUCGAUUUUAAUAAAUUUCCAGAUCCUGCUGAAAUGGUUAGUCAAAUUAAAGCAAUGAAUUUAAGAGUUACCUUGUGGAUUCACCCGUUCAUAAAUUUUGGAUGUGACUUAUUUACCACGGCUGUAAACGACGAUUACUUUAUGAAAGACCAAAAAGGCAAAGCAGCAAUUACAUCUUGGUGGGCUGGGUCAAAUGCAGGUGUCAUCGAUACCAACAACGAGCGAGCGGUAACCUGGUGGAGAGCUAGAUUGGAGAGAUUAAGAACUGAAUACGGUAUCGACUCGUUUAAGUUUGAUGCUGGAGAAGUAAAUUGGUUGCCAUAUUCAAGAAGUUUAGAAGGAAAUCAAGACUUGGCACCAAAUACUUAUACAACAAAAUACAUUGAAGCUAUUGCACCCUUUGGUGGGCUUGUCGAGGCAAGAGUUGGAAGAUUAAGUCAGGAGCAUCCAAUUUUUGUCCGCAUGUUGGAUAAACUGAGUCAUUGGGGGUAUGACGCUGGAUUAAAGUCUAUGAUUCCUACGGCAUUGCUCUUCGGAAUUUUAGGUUACCCUUUCGUUCUCCCCGACAUGAUUGGAGGAAACGCUUACGGUGAUUGGCCAACAAAAGAGCUUUAUAUUCGAUGGUUGCAAGUUAAUGUCUUCAUGCCAGCGAUCCAAUUUAGUAUUGUUCCAUGGGAUUCACAUUUCGACGACCAAACAAUUGAAAUCUGCAUAAAGAUUCUCAGUAUUCGUGAGCAAUACAAGGACGAAAUUUUGAUAGCUGCAAAUCAAGCGGUAGCUGAUGGCACCCCGAUUAAUCGACCCUUGUGGUGGGUUGACCCUACUGAUUCUGAGACUUUCACUGUUGGGCAAGAGUAUAUGUUGGGAGAAAACAUCCUCGUAGCUCCUGUUGUUGAGGAAGGUGCUACGACCUUGGACAUUUAUCUUCCAAUCGGAAACUGGAGGUCGGGUGUAACAAACCUUACGUAUGUUGGGCCUGGAUGGCUCCGCAAUGUCGAUGCUCCAUUGGAUAUUGUCAAUUUUUAUAUCAAAGAGUGAUAUCCAACCAAUGCGAAAUAAAUUGUAUAUCAACAGUC